UUACGAGUUCGAUUAUUGUUAGGGUCACGGACGUCAAAUUAACGCAACUCAUCCAAAUUUCGUUUGGAGAAGUAAUAUUUCCCAGUGAUUAAUCUAUGAACACUCUAGAAAGUAUUUCUCAAACGAAAUCGCUUGUAAAUAUUUACCCCAUGUCGGCUGUCCUGUCGUCCUCGCCCUGUCGGUGAUGGUUUCCCCAUCAUGCAUGCCAACAUAAAUGUCAACAUAACCAAAAACCAAAUAAAUUGUUCAAAUUUUGAGUAUGUGGACUUUUCCUAGGACUAAACUGCCUACAGGCAAACCAGCACGGUAUACUAUGUGUUGGCCAGUGAUAGUGAUUAAUCCGUAAAAUGGAAAAGAGCAAACAUGGCAAACACAGUAAGGAAAAAUCCAAAAAAUCCAAACGGCGUAGACACAGAGAAGAAAACGGUUCACUGAAUGUUUGCAUUGGGACAGUGAGAACUAGGCUAGUAGAGUAUUCCGAUGUGAGUUCUGAAGAUCUGUCUGGCCCUGAAGCUGGAGAAAUACAGAGUGGUGAAGAGGGUAGUUUAUUGUUGAGCGAAGAUGGUGAAUUAGAUGUUGAAAUUGACACAAUGCAGAGAAGUAGUCACCGUAGCAGGUACUCCCACCUUGAGGAUGAUAUGUACCUCUCAAGAGAAUCUUCACUCAUAUUGGUUUCACCAGGCCGUAGACAUCGCCUAGACCCUUCUAUGAUACCAAGGUCACCGUCACCGGCCCUGCUUGCAAGAGAAAGACAACAUUCAAUUUCCUCCCACUCCUCUCGCUCCAGCGAAUUGAAAGCCGUCAAACACCGGCGAACAGUCGAAAUAUCCCCGGAAGAAUAUCAGCCUCCCGCCAAUUCGCCCCCUUACGCCGAAGACUACGAGCCUGUGGACAAGAAAAAACGAAAAAAGAAGGAAAAGAAGCACAAGAAAGAUAAGAAGUCUAAGAAAAAGAAAAAGAAAAAACACAGAUCGAGGAGCACCAGCUUGGAGAGCGCCGCCAGCGAGUCGGCCGGCUCCGCUCUAAGCUCGCCGGUCAAGACGCCCCCGAAGCCGGAGGAGCCGCCCCUCUCGGACUGGGAGCCGCCCAGGGAGCGGCACCACCACCACCGCGACAGGGCGGGUUCGAAGGGCGGCGUGGCGCCCGAGGCGAUCGACACGAGCGCCUGUUCGCCCGUAUCCAACGACAGCCACAUAGCUUCGCCGGAGCCGGUGGUGUACGAGAGAAGCCCGACACCGCCGCCAUUGUCGGUGACGCCGCCGCUCAAGUACAGAGAAUACGCCGCCAGGGAAUACCCGCCGAGAGAGAGCCCGCACACGCCGCCACUGCAUCACCAUCAUUCUAACAGGACAAUUUACAAUCACUACUUAGCGGAGGAGACCAUCCGGAUAAGGGAUUCCCCUAUUUUGAUCGACGACAGGCUGUCGCCCGAGAAAUCGCCUUACAGGACGGUGACGCCCGAUCCGUCUAUGCACACCAGCCACAAACAUCGGUCGAUGACGCCUAGCACCAGGAGGAGGAAGAUGGAGCGGGAGAUGUUGCACAGAAAGCAUCGGAAGGAGAGGAGUAAACGGGAGAAGAGGUAUUUAUCUAGGAGUCGAAGUCCAAUAAGUAAAAGAAGAUCUAGAUCUAGCAGUUAUGGAAGAAGUAGUAGACAUUAUGCUAGUCCAUCACCUACUAGAAGAAAGAAACACAAAACCUCUAGGAGUCCCAAGAGAGAUAGGAGUCCAAGUCGGCACAGGCACAGGAGUCCGUCUCCACACUCGAUCAGGUCAUCACAGUUGAAGAACAAAAUCACGGACGCCAGUCUGUUCGCGGAAUUGGUGAAGGACAGGCGCAAGAGAGAGAUGGAGCUGAAACGACUGGCGGAACAGAUGGAGCAAAGCAAGACGGAUUCGAAAAGGGAAGCGAAUGCCGAGAAUCACGUGACGGUUGUGGAUGAGGUCGAUUUGACUCAAAACACUGCGGACGACGAACCGAACGGACACGCUCCCAUGCAAUCGAUGGCCGUCGAUGAUAUCCCUAUUCCCGAGUCGGUCGCACCGACGCGUCUCAGCGAGAUCUGUCUGCCCCCCGCCUCUGAAGCGACCGCCCCCGCCAGCGCUGGAGGCGGCGCCGACCCGGUGGUGGCAGAUCGGCCGUUGAGGACGCCGCCAACGCCGCCGUUGCCGCCCAGGGAAGGUGGGGCGGGGGACAACCACGCUGCCAAAUACACUCCAAGCUCCAACUCCAACCUCAUCCACAUCGUCACCGUCGACCCUGCGGACGCUCAUCCGCCUACGCCCGCCCCGCCCCCGGCAGGCCGCAUUGCUCCGCCCAUCACUAGCACAGCCCCGCCCCACACUAGCGUCACCCCGCCCAUCGCCGAGCAGCCGACGGGCAAGCAGCGGCCGAAGAGCGUGACGCGGCUGCCGCUGCCGCCCGGCAUCGACCAGACGCAGCUCGAGGCGAUCGUGUCGCCGCCAAGCCGGUCGCCCAGUCCGGUGAUGCCGCGGGCGGCCGAGAAGGUGCGGGCGAAGACGCCGCCCAGGCGGGGCAUCAAGGAUCUGCCGAUGCCGCCAGUGAUCCCCGGCACGGAAGAGCUGAGCGGCGACGAAGAGCUGCCCGCGACGCCGCCCAGGAACAGCGCGCGGCCCGUCGAGAAGCCAAAGCCCGCCCCGAAGCCGAAGGUGCCCACCAAAAGGCCGACUAUUCUCAAGCGCAAGGGCUCGCGCAACUUCCAGACUUGCGGCAAGGACUGGGGGGAGCGGUGCGUGGAUAUGUUCGAGGUCAUCGCCCAGAUCGGAGAAGGUACUUACGGUCAAGUAUAUAAAGCCAAAGACGUGCACGCCAGUGAGCUGGUGGCAUUGAAGAAAGUCAGACUGGAGAAUGAAAAGGAAGGAUUUCCCAUCACUGCUGUUAGAGAAAUCAAAAUACUCAGGCAGCUGAAUCACAAGAAUAUCGUCAAUCUAAGGGAAAUCGUCACCGAUAAACAAGAUGCCGUAGAUUUCAGAAAGGAAAAGGGUUCAUUCUAUUUAGUGUUUGAAUACAUGGAUCACGAUCUGAUGGGGCUUUUGGAGUCUGGCAUGGUGGAUUUCAAUGAGCUGAAUAAUGCCUGCAUCAUGAAACAACUGCUGGACGGGUUGAACUACUGCCAUAAGAAGAAUUUCUUGCACAGGGAUAUCAAGUGUAGUAAUAUUUUGAUGAACAACAGGGGCGAAGUGAAACUGGCCGACUUCGGGCUGGCCCGGCUGUACAACGCCGAGGACAGGCAGCGGCCGUACACGAACAAGGUGAUCACUUUGUGGUACCGGCCGCCGGAGCUGCUGCUCGGCGAGGAGCGCUACGGCCCAGCGAUCGACAUCUGGAGUUGCGGCUGCAUCCUGGGCGAGCUGUUCCUCAAGAAGCCCCUUUUUCCGGCAAAUGCUGAGAUGCAGCAACUGGACAGGAUAUCACGCGUCUGCGGCACUCCGACGCCCGCCGUUUGGCCUACGGUCAUCAAGCUGCCCCUCUUCCACACCCUCAAGCCAAACAAGCUGCACAGGCGUCGUCUGCGCGAGGACUUCGUCUUUAUGCCAGUUUCCGCUCUGGAUCUGUUGGACAAGAUGCUAGAACUCGAUCCAGAUAAGAGGAUAACAGCCGAGGACGCACUCAAAUCCUCCUGGCUGAAGAACAUCAAUCCAGAACAGAUAUCCGCCCCCGAGCUACCCACCUGGCAGGACUGCCACGAGCUGUGGAGCAAGAAGCGCAAGCGCCAGAUCAGAGAGCAGGCGGAGGCGAUGCAGAACCUGCCGCCGGGCAAACCGCCGCCCGGGGCGGCCGCUGGAGGCGGGGGGCGAGACAAGCCGCCGGGCGGCAAGGCGGACGACGCCAACGACGUGGGCGGGUCCUCCAAAGCCAUCAAGAUGGACGCCUACGACUCGGCAGUGCUCUCGUACGCCCUAGCAUCGGCCACCUGCAAGGGCAAACUGGGCCUGCUGGGCGCCGCCCACGGGGCAGGUCCCAAGCCGCCCCCGGACGAUCCUCUCACGCCUCCCGGAGAGGCGGCGGAGAGCGACGCGGACGGCAGGAACUACCUCUACCAAUUGUUGUAUAAUAUGGAGCAGAUGGCAGUGAGCGGGACCUCCGUGCAGCUGAGUCAUUUGAUGGAGAUUUGCUCUACAAAACAUUUGCAGUGGGAUCAACAAAUAAGUGCGCCACUGGAUGCCUUACUGGGAGAAGUCAGACAAAUUUGUAAAAAUAAUCCUGGACAAAUGCACUUGCUGAAGCUACAUUUCGAAGAUGAAAUCUCCAUCAACCAAGGAAAGUCUUUGAAUACAGAAAUUGUUUGUAAAACUUUGGCGGAUCUGAUGAGACAAUUCGGCCUUGCAAUGGGUGCAAACAUCAUGAAAAAAUCCUAUUCAAGCAACAAAUGCUGAGCAUUUAUUUUGUAAAAUAUCAUAUGAUUUUUCUAUUCUCAAUGAUUUUCACACCUGAGUUUAUUCGUUACACAAGUUGACGUUUUAUGGUAAAUAGAAAUUGUAAAAAUGAAAUCAGUAAAGUACUUAACU